AGCUUAGGGUUUACCAGAAGGAGGGAGGCGCUGGGGUUUGAUUUUGGAGUUGGUAGCCAUCAGCCACGACACCGAUAUCCUUCGAGAUACUGCCGAGAUGCUUCCGAUUCUGAACCUCACCUCUUUAAAUCCUACAAUCACGACGCAAAUAUUCGUAGUAAAAGCAAAAACAUGGUGAUAUUAAUAGUAGCCACAACCACCGAUCCGGCCUCAGUCAACCCGGCCACGGCCCUCUUAGCCAUGCCCGGUUGGAUCCCCGGUCCCUCUUUGUUCCAGGACAUAAAAAGCUUUACUAAUCAAAACGUGCGAUUUCUUCAACACGACAAAAGCAUUGUCGAAGAGGACGAUUUGGAUCACCGUUGGGAAGAAGCCACCGGCGAGGCCGUCGAUGAGGUCAUUUUCUUCAGUAAACACACCGCCGUUUCUAAUCGCCCUGCUCUCACUGUUCACCCAAUCGGUGUGCCUCAUUUGCGUGAAGGAGAUGUUCCGCCGCAGGGUGGGAGGCCUGGUUGGGCGGCUCCGCCUAAUCCUAGGAUAGGGCCCUGGCUUAGGCUUUUGAAGAUUAUUGCCCAAUCUCAUAAUUUGGUUCCUGAAUUUGAGAUAACUUUGGAGGCUACACAUCAUGGACCUAUAACAACUAAACCAACUAUGUUCCUUGAGAUUGGCAGUACAGAUGAGUACUGGAAGAGGAAAGAUGCUGCUCAAGUCAUUGCUCUAUUAGUUUGGGAAGGACUUGGGCUUGGAGGUGGUGAUGCAGUUGGAAACUGGGGCAGGGAGAAUGAUAAAAACAAAGUUCUUCUUGGAAUUGGUGGUGGACAUUAUGCUCCUCGACACAUGGACAUAGUCGUAAAAGAUGGUGUUUGGGUGGGCCACCUGCUUUCUGGAUAUUCAUUGCCAAUGGAAGAUCCAAGUCAGUCAAAAGUCAAUGGACAUACUGACAGUAUUGGUGGAACCUGGAGGGAAUCAAUUAAAGUUGCAUUUGAGGCUACAAAAUCAGCUUUCCCUGGUGGGGAAGUUUUGGCACAUCUUGAUCACAAGAGUUUCAAGAGCUGGCAGAAAAAUGCAAUAUUUGCAUUUUUAGGUGAGCAGAACAUUAAAAUUGGCAAGCCAAAUGAUUUCAUCUGAUUGAUGUCGGGUUUUUGGAUUCACCAAAUUUCCUAGCGAUAGCUGUUAUAGGGAUUUUCUUCGAUUCAGCGGCAUCUAAACAAUUUUGGUCAUGACGCAAGGCCUUUACCACAUUUAAGGAUGAAUGACGUGGAAGAGCAGCUUGGGUGAGGAUGAUCAGAAAAAAGCGUUGCUGACAUAUAAUUGCUUCGUGCUUUAUAUUUGGUUAUUAAGACCUGUUUUACCUUGUUCAUUUGUAGUUACAGCAUGUUGAAUGAAAUUGUAUCAAGUAAUUAAAAAGUUUUAUAUUUAUAUCUUGCUGCAUGCGGUAGCAAAUCACUGAUCAUGAAUACCUAUGGCACUAUUUGUUAGCGUUACGCUUAUGGUGAGAACUCAAUUGAUAUUACAAGUCAUUAGUGUUCGAACCCAAUAAAUAAAAUGCCGCGUAUUUAGAAUUUGGGGUUUAAUCUAAAUGAUUAAUAUUUUUU